AUGAACCGUAAAAUCAAAACUACUCUUCCCAUUCUACCUAGUAAGUUAAAUAACCCUGUAAGUACUGAGUCUAAAUUUGAAAAACUAAAUAAGGCAAAACAAAAAACAGCUAACCAGUUUGGCAAAAGACACGAAGUCAGAGAAUUGUCAUCUUUAAAGUGGAGAGACAGUGUUUGGGUAAUUGAUAUCCGGACUUACGGAAAAGUCAUAGAAAUAUUAGAAGAACCUCGAUCAUAUAUUAUUGCAACACAAUCUGGGUUCUACCGACGAAACAGAUGGCACCUUAUACCCGCCCCUUAUUAUAAAUUUCCCUCCGUUACCCCAGCACUGUCUAAACUAACUGAGCCCUCAUAUCAGUCUCAACUGCAUGUACACAAUAGUGAGCCUUCUUUAAAUUAUGAUGAGGCCCCACAGCAUCCUAGAAAUAAUGGUUGUGACGAUCAGGAAGUGCAUAGUGAAAGUGAUGUAAAUCCCCACCUUAAUAAUAGUGAGAACUCUUUUAGCGUUGAAGAGAGGCCUUCAAGGGUUGUUAGAAAACCUUACUAUCUCCAAGACUAUAUUACUGACUAA